UGUUCGGUUUCUACGUUAGGUUUGCGUGAAUUCAUUUUUUGUUCUCUGUGUCCUGUACGUUAUCCAUUCUUCCUCUUCAAUUUAGUUCAGUUUAUCCAGGAUGCGACAAAGACACUGGUGCUACCAAUUUACAUUGUAAAGGUUGGACAUUUUAACAAAAAGUAGUUGUAUGUGUGUGACCGACAGCGUACAGCCAAGGACAGCGGAGGCGUGCGUUACAGCAUCAUUAAAGCUUGUACAUUUUCUCAAUCAACAAUAUUCGAAUGACUUAUUGGCCAUACUCAUUCAUAAUGUCAUCUGUACAGAAAUACACAAAUAAUCGAAUCAUCUUGAUAUCCACGCCAUGAAUCUGGCAACCGAAAAUUAAUGUGCACCAGGUAACUAUUUCACCUGAUUUCACAAAGUACUUUAAGCGCCGUAACUUCAACGCCAAAGCAAUCUGGAUUCCGUUCAUGGCAUAAACUUUGGGCAAAUAUCCUUCUCAUGUCACAGUGGAGAUAAAUUCACUCGACGCUUUUUCGUAGACGUAAAAAACAAGCGUUGAAGAAUGGAUGCAUUCAUCAUACAUCUGGCAUGAGCGCGAGUAGUCUGGUUGGUUCUAGCACUAACUUGCUCUCAGAGUGGUAAUUCCAAAGCUGCCUGCGCCCAAAUCCCGUGCACAAUACUGGCUGAUUUUCUCUGUUUUACCCUGUGACGCCCUCGAGUCCCCUUGUGCCAAACAUGUGAAUGAAUUGUGUGUAGUGAGCAACCUAUUCCGAAAUCGUAGGUGAAGCGGAGUUCGAGCCUCAUCGCGGGAGGCAGAGGAACAUCUUUGUCUUCCAGCAGAGCACCUUCAGACGCACAGGUGGAGCGGGAGCCGUUCGGGAGAAUGUGAAAGGGCAGAGCAGGAGUGCAGCCUGGAAGCGCCGCAGCCGACGCCGCGCCCUCUCCACGCCCGCCAUGGCGUGCCCUCUCUCGUGCUACUGCGGCCUCAUGUGCCGCUGCGGCUGCGACCCGCCCCCGGACCCCCCUCCCCGGACGCUGGGGCCGCCAGGGGCGCAGUCCUGCUCCAGCCACACCGUCUACAUACUGCUGCUGGGAGCGGCGGAGUCGGGCAAGUCGACCAUCAUGCGGCAGAUGAAGAUCAUCCACAGCGGCGGGAUGUCCCCCGUGUCCCUGCGCUCGUACACGCGCCACGUCCUGCAGAACGCGCUCACCUGCGUCACGCGCCUCAUCAAGGCCGUGGAGGAGGCAGCCGUGCCCUGGGGGUCCCCCGAGGCCGCCCACGCCGCCCACACGCUCUCCGCCCUCACACCGUCGUCCUGGGGGCUCCUGGAGGACGACGUGGACCCCGCCGUCAUCCCGCAGGACCACGCGCACCUCAUGAAGGUCCUGUGGGAGGACACGGCGGCGCAGGAGUGCUGGAAGCGCGCGAAUGAGUUCAACCUGCCCGACAACACCGAGUACUACCUGUCGGCGACCGACCGCCUCGCCCAGCAGCCGUACCUGCCGACGCAGGAGGACGUGCUGCAGCUGCGCAUCCCUACGCGCGCCGCCACCGUCUACGACUUCACGGACCGCGACUGGACGUUCCGCAUCACGGACGUGGGCGGGCAGCGGGGCGAGCGGCGCAAGUGGCUACGCCUUUUCGACAGCAUCAACGCCAUCAUCUUCCUGACGGCGCUGAGCGAGUACGACCAGACGUGGAGCGAGGAGGAGGAGGACGGCAUGAACCGGCUCGAGCUGUCACUGCAGCUCUUCUGCGAGACGCUCAAGUACCGGGGCUUCAUUGACACGAGCAUCAUCCUCUUCCUGAAUAAGGUCGACGUCCUGCAAAAGAAGAUCGCCACGUCGGACCUCAGCCGCUACUUUCCCGAGUAUACGGGGCCGCGCGGGGACCACCGCAACGCCAUCGACUUCAUCCGCAACAAGUUCAUGGGGCACGCCAAGGACCGCAAGGACUUCUUCACCCACGAGACCUGCGCCACAGACACCAAGACGACCAAGUUCGUCUUCGCCGCCGUCAGGGAGAGCAUCCUGUGGGACAACAUUCGCAAGUUCAUGGACCCUUUCCACCUGACGUGACCUCCCUGGCACUGGGGGUGAGCUAGUGUGUAUUUAUAAGCGCUCUUGCAACCUGAAGGCGACCCAACCGUGCUCUUGGCGAGGCGCAAGCGGACACCUCGAACCACAGCAACGUUCACGUAUUGUUUUGUUAUUGUUAUAUUGUAUAAAAAUAUAUAAAGUGCGCCCAUAUUUGCAAGUAUCCUUUGCAUUCGUUCACGAAUUAGUAGACUAUUAGAAGAAAUGAAAGGGCGGAAGAGAGUAAACCAAAAACUAAGAAAACAAAAUAGUGAAAAGUGGAUUCCGGGGAACGGGCGAACGCACAAAGGGGAAACAAAGUGAUAUGUAUAGAUAGGUCUUUAUAACAUGUUAUAGUUAUUGUUAAGCCUUUAAAAAAAAACUACCUAAUCUCACCCACCUCACAGAUUUCUCAUUAUCGAUAUUACCAUCAUUAUUCUCAUUUGUGUUUCUUCUCUGUCAAUAUCCUGUCCUCUCUCAUUCCCAUUCCUUUUUCAUACCCCCAUCGAAUUCUCCUCAUAAAUUUAUCAUUCAUCAUUACCAUAAUCAGUCAUCAUCAUCAAGUGAUAAUGAACGAAUAAAGUUACCUUUUCAACAAUUA